AUCGCCUCUCUUCCGGCGACGGGCUUACGCCAUAACAGUAGACUCCUUCUCUAUCCUCUCCGGAGUAGCUAGCGAUUAGCCCUUUUCCGUUGAAUCUUUGGAAGAUGACUGAGAACUCGAAGAAGGGUCGAUCGAGCUUUAACGGGUUGCAUCACCCUGUUGUUGAUUUUUGGCGACGAGAGGUCGGUGGGAUUUCCUCCCGUAAUUUCUCCAAGCGCUUCUCCGGCUCCGAGAAUCUGGUUUUGCGUCUAGAGGUACACCGGAAGCUAGUGAAGCACAAAGGUUGUGUAAACACCGUGAGCUUCAAUGCCGAUGGAGACGUUCUGAUUUCGGGUUCUGAUGAUCGGCGCGUCAUUAUUUGGGAUUGGCAGCUCGGGAACGUUAAGCUCUCGUUUCAUUCAGGACACGCUAAUAACGUAUUUCAGGCCAAGUUUAUGCCUUUCUCUGAUGAUCGCACCAUUGUAACCUGUGCUGCAGAUGGAAUGGUUCGGCGUGCGAGUAUUCUUGAGAGUGGGAAAGUGGAGACGUCGUUCUUGGGAUCGCAUCAAGGACGAGCUCAUAAGCUUGGCAUCGAGCCAGGAAACCCUCAUAUAUUCUACACAUGUGGUGAAGAUGGAUUAGUACAACGUUUUGAUCUGAGGACUCAAGCACCUACAGAACUUUUCACAUGCCAAUCAGUUGAUCCUAGGAGGAGGAACAUGGAAGCCGUCCAGCUAAAUGCAAUUGCAAUCGACCCGAGAAACUCCAACCUCUUUGCUGUUGGUGGGAUGGACGAGUACGCUCGUCUUUAUGAUAUCCGUAGUUUUCAGGGUGACAGUUUAAAUGGUUUUAGCCGAGCUGCAGAUCAUUUUUGCCCUCUACACCUUAUUGGCAAUGAACAUGUUGGAAUAACGGGUUUGGCCUUCUCAGAGCAAAGCGAACUCCUUGUUUCAUACAAUGAUGAGUUCAUCUACCUUUUCACACACGAUAUGGGAUUAGGGUCUAACCCUGUCACAUCCUCUCCGGUGUCCAAGAAUAGUAAAUCAAACUCAGAAUCAGCUUCGUCUCCAAAAGAUGAUGACAAACGUCCAGUUCCUAUGGUUUAUAAGGGACACAAGAACUGUGAGACGGUCAAGGGUGUUAAUUUUUAUGGACCUCGGUCUGAAUAUGUGGUUAGUGGGUCAGACUGUGGCCGGAUAUUUAUUUGGAAGAAAAAAAGUGGAGAGCUUAUACGUCUUAUGGAAGCUGAUAGGCAUGUAGUUAACUGUAUCGAGCCUCAUCCUCAUAUACCAGUGCUUGCUAGCAGCGGACUUGAAAGUGACAUCAAGGUGUGGACCUCAAAGGCAGCUGAGAGAGCUACGUUACCUGACAACAUCGAACUGUUACCCAGUCGCUUUCGGUUAUCAUUUCUUAGCUACUAUGAUUAUGACGAGCAUUUAUUUCGUAAUGACCUGGAUUUUGGUAUUGAUGGGAACGAGGGGGAAGAUGAAUCUAUUGAUGAUGCUGAAGAAGAUGAUGAUGAUUCAGAUUCAGAUUCAGAUUCAGAUUAUAGCUGUGAACUAGAUGGUGAUGAUUCUGACGAUGAGAUGGAUACUGAUGAAGAUGAAUGUUUUAUUGAAAUUGAUAACAAUAUGGAUAAUAAUGGUGAUGGUGGUAGCGAGAGGAAUGUUGAUAGUGGUAGUAACAGUUACCAAGAUGAUGAUGAUGAUUGAAUAUUUGUUUUGAAAUUUGUGUUCCAGCGCAAGCGAAAGCCUAGGGGUUGGAUGUAUCGUGUAUCUUCACCGCAGGAGCUAUUGGCACAACUCUUCUCGCUGCGGAACCGAAGUAUCAGUCCAGAUAGAGAAGCAGAAUCUUCUUCAUCCACUGGAAGAGAGCUUCUUGAUCUUAUACUAACCUUCAAUGAUGAGAGCGAUGAUGAAAAUGCGUCUGAUGAUGAAGAUGGUAUUAGCCGUGAGGACUUCUUCUCUUAGGAUAAUGUCUUUUACAUUUGGAAAAUUUGUAAAUAUUUUCACCUUUUUUCUACAAUAUAUCAAAUACCAUUGU